AUGGCGUCACAAGCACAGCUCAAGAAGCAACAAGAGCUUCAGACAACAUACCAGAAUUACAAGAAUACGCUACAGACGAUAGCGUCCAAGAUUGGCGACAUUGAGCAAGAAUCCGAAGAGCACAAACUGGUGCUAGAGACGCUGCAGCCACUUUCAGGGGAUAGGAAAUGCUUCCGCAUGAUCAAUGGCGUCUUGACUGAGCGGACGGUCAAGGAGGUGGUACCGAUUCUGCAGACGAAUUCAGACGGCCUCAAGAAGGCGCUCGACGAGCUGGUCAAGCAGUACAAGUCCAAGCAGGAUGAAAUGGAAAAGUGGAAGAAGAAGAAUAACAUUCAGGUUGUCCAACAACCUGGGCAAUAG